GAACACCGGUAGAGGGCAGGAGGUUGUCACGUGACCGGAAUUAAAGAUGUCUGCCACAGAAGAAGAUACGGAGCUUAGAGACCUUUUGAUUCAAAAUUUGGAAAACAAUGGCGUUCUUAACAAGAUUAAGGCUGAGCUUCGAGCUGCUGUAUUUUUGGCCUUAGAGGAGCAAGACAAAGUAGAGAAUAAAACUCCACUUGUAAAUGAGAAUCUAAAAAAGUGUCUCAGCACUAAAGAUGGACGGCUCGUGGCCAGUUUAAUCACAGACUUCCUGCAAGUCUUCAAUCUAGACUUCACCCUAGCAGUUUUUCAGCCAGAAAUUAACACGGUAAAUGGACUGGACAGCCGGGAAAGUUUGUCCAAGGAGCUUGGUUUCUCUGAGUAUGAUGGGAAUAAGAGCACGUCUCUGCUCCUUGAAUUAAUUAAGAGAGACAGAAACAAGGAGAAGUUUUCCAUUUUCUCUGAGACAGAUCGAGUGACGCACAUUCCCAAGGAACCGUCUCCUCGUCAGAUCGCCGAAGCACAAAAGAAAUUCGAUUGCAGACGGAAGGAUAGAAAUGGUGGUUUGUGCAGAGAUGAAGUCCUUGGCAUUUUUCAGGAGCUUUUCCCCAGUUUUAGCAGAGGUAUGCUAGAACAAUUUGUGGCAGAUGAACUUGAAACCAAAGAUGUAAAUAAUUCUGUAGACUUCCAGGAAUUUAUGAGGUUGUUCAAAAAGCUUUAUUGUCAGUGCAGAAGUGUGGUUGCUAGUGACGGAAGUGAUGGAGUUCAAGCUGUGUAUAAGGUUACUGAGGAGAAGAUCAGUUCAUCACCCACCAGCAAGAUACCAAGGUUUAAGGGCUUGAUAAAGGCCAGUGCAGCACAGGAUGAGCCAUCUGGGCCUCAGGCCGGAGAACCACGAAGUCACAGUGAGUCACUGAUCCCUCAGAAGAGCAGAGCAUUUGUAGCCAGUGAAGGGUUUAUCACCAGCAGGAAUGAGCCAGCAGCCCUGAGGAGCGCUCUCGGCCUGGAGGACGAUGACGAGGAAGGGGACUCAUUCUUUGACGAUCCUCUUCCGAAACCUCAGAAGACCUAUGGCUGGAGCCAGCACCCGCAGAGGGAGGAGAGCCUGGCAGGGCCAUGCUUCUCCAAAAUGAGGAGGGGUACUAGCCUGAAUGAUCUGUCUGCUAUAGGCAGUGACACUGAGGGUGAGGGGGAGGACAUGUUCUCAGAUGUUGAGAGCAAGCCCAGCACUAACUCUGAGUCGAGGAGAGUAGGACCUGCAAAGGCAACUACAGAUACACCACCUUUAAAGAGUACAGAAAACAACCCAAAAAACCCUGUCACCAGUAAAGACGACUCUAAAGAAAAAGGCCUUCGGGAUUUAAAACUGCAGAAGGAGAAAACUGGAUCUUUUCUGCCUGAUGAAGAACUCGAUUACGACGAUGACUUUAACAGUCAUAACUCGAAGAGUGAGCUGAGCAUCAGUGAGGAGAUUGAAGAGGCUUCGGUUGAUGGACCAGAUAUCAGUGACAAGCUUGAAGAAAUCACUCAGGAUGUAAGCGUGUCUCAAACGAGUCAAGCUGCAGAUUACAUGGAAGAUGUGGCGUGAAAGUACAUCCUAUUUUGUGUAUUUAUAUACGUAAUUAUGUAAGCUACAUGUCCCCAGUUCCUAUUAAAGCUCUGUUGUUCACUCCUGA